AUGUUUGAAUCGACAAAAUUGUUUUUGAAUAAUGAAUCUCAAAAUUCACUUUGGAAAAAGAUUCAUCCAACUUUUACAAUAAAGACAUUUUGGACUUUUGGUGAACAAGGAAAACAUAAUUAUAAAAAACAAACUUUACAAUCGAAUUCAAACA